AUGAUCCACCGCGAAGUAGCCGAUGGUCUAGAGCGUCUUUGGAACGUAAGAGUAAACUGCAUAUGGGAAGCCGAUGAAAGUAGUCGCCAUGGAGAGGUUUAUAUAUUCGACCAUGUAUUUAAGCAGGAAUGUACAAAUUCAGAUGUAUAUGGAUCUGUAGUAAAACCUUUAGUCGAUUCCUUCAUGGAAGGUUUCAAUGCCACAAUAUUUGCAUAUGGCCAAACAUCUUCUGGCAAAACACACACCAUUUUGGGCAAUAAAACAGAUCCUGGGCUUUUCCAAUUAGUAUCCAAUCAGUUAUUCCAGCAUGUGGCAGACCAGGUUGAUAAGAGGUACUUGAUUAGAUGCAGUUAUAUUGAAAUCUACAAUGAAAAGAUCAAUGACCUCCUGGAUAAGAGCAAUCAGGGUUUAACUAUAAGAGAAGAUAUCAAAGGAAAUGUGCUGCUUGAUGCAAGGGAAGCUGUCGUAGACAAUGUUGAUAAAGUUAUGGAGAACAUGAUGCAGGGCAAUAAGAUCAGACGAGUUGCAGCUACUCGCAUGAAUGAGAGGUCAUCUCGAUCACACACGAUUUUCCGGAUUAUUCUGGAGUCGAAAGAUGCCAAUCAGAAAGAUGGACCUGUACAUAUAAGCUACCUUUAA